AUGUACGAAUACGAAGCCUUUAAUGAUCCGAUGCAGCGUCCUCGCUACACCGGAAUAUCCACAUUUAUGCGUGCACCGCAUUCGGAAAGUUGGGACAAUGUCGAUAUAGGUUUGGUGGGAGUUCCUUUUGAUGGUGGCGUUACCAAUCGUACCGGCGCCAGACACGGUCCCCGAGAAAUCAGAAACCAGUCGAGUCUGAUGAGACGCAAGAAUCAGUCGUCUGGAAUCUGCCCUUACGACCUUUGCAACAUCGCAGACUUGGGAGACGCCUGGAUUCAGAAGCCAUUUCACCUUGAAGAAAGUCUGGAUGAAAUCGAAUACUAUUUCAGUCAGAUUCAUAAACGCGGUAUUGUGCCUGUUUCUGCGGGCGGUGAUCACUCGGUCACCCUUCCGAUCUAUCGUGCAAUUGCGUGUGAACACACGGUCGGCAUGGUACAUUUCGAUGCCCACUGCGAUACCGGGGAUGACUAUCUCGGCUCUAAGUUUCAUCACGGCGCCCCUUUCAGAAGAGCGGUAGAGGAAGGAUUGCUGGAUCCAAAGCGAACCAUUCAGAUCGGAAUCCGCGGCAGUCUGAAUGAUCUGGAUAUCUGGAAAUUCAGUCACGAUACCGGUAUGCGAGUGGUUUACAUGGAAGAAUUUGCAGAAAGGGGGUGGAAGUCAAUCAUGGAGGAAGCGCGAAACAUCGUCGGCGACGGCCCGACUUAUAUCAGUUUCGAUGUAGACGGGCUGGAUCCGGUCUAUGCGCCAGGCACCGGAACGCCAGAAGUCGGAGGGUUUACCACUCUCGAAGCGCAGAUGAUGAUUCGUUCUCUUCAGGGGCUGAAUCUUAUAGGCGGCGAUGUUGUCGAAGUAGCUCCACCGUUUGAUCCUUCGGGUAAUACCGCCUUGGUAGGAGCAACUAUGAUGUUCGAGAUUUUAUGUGUCGUAGCUGAUUCUGUCGGUCAGCGACUUAAACUUGAAGAGUGA